CCACUCCACCGACGACACUCUGCCCCCCAAUUGACCAUCCCCUACACCCUAUCACCACCUGCGAACCGCCCUACGAGUCCGCCAAAGCUAUGUCUGUGCCGUCGCUCGCCCCAUUCAUCGCGAAGCGCAAGUGGCUACAAGCCUGGGUGAAGCCGCUAGCCACCUGGUACACCAAUGCCGCGGGCUACAGGCAGCUGGGAUUGAGGGCCGAUGAUCUGAUCCCCGAAGAGAACGACGUCGUCCAGCUCGCCCUCAAGCGCCUGCCACCGAAGGAUGCCUACGACCGCGUGUUCCGCCUGCGACGCGCCUUCCAGUGCUCCGUAUCCCACCAGCUGCUUCCGAAGGAGGAGUGGACCAAGCCCGAAGAAGAUGCUCCGUAUCUCACGGUUGUCAUCAACGAGAUCCAGGCCGAGAUGAAGGAGCGGGAGGAUCUGGAGGCCAUAAUUGUUAGCAAGAGGGAGAAGAACACAAAGGAAGGUCAUUGAAUUAAACCUGUAAAUUAGGGACUGGUUUGACAUCGACAUGAUUGGUUGAUUAGUAACGAGCUGUGCAUUAGAGUGUAUAUCAAGAAGAUCUCUUUUUCCGUCA